AUGAAAAAUAGAUUUCAUCCAUUAGAACUAGGUUUCCACUCAAGACAAUUAACUCCAAGUAAUUUAACAGCAUAUGUUGUCAAUGCUCAUACAUUAAGUAUUACAUGGGAUUUACCAUCAAAUGUAAAUGCUAUAGAUAAAAUUUAUAUAACUGUUAUUGAACUUGGUCAAACAAAUCGAACUAUACAAUCACAAUCAUUUGAUAAUACAAUUAAAAAAUUCGAUAUUCAAAUUGAUGCUAAUGAUCCAUUUGGUAUUCAUCCAAAUCGAACUGUCUAUUUUGCUGCUCGAUGUUCAGAUCGUAAUGGACAAAAUUCAUCAAUAAUUGAAUAUCAACUUUAUGUCAAUAUGCUCAAUCCAUCGCCGCGUGAUAUUCGUGUUGUUCGUAUAAAUGACACAACAAUUCAAGUUUUUUGGUCACCAAUAUAUCAUCCUCCAGUUGAACGAUAUAUUGUUCAUUAUAAUGAUAAAUCUGAAAAUAAACCUGAAAAUCAAUGGUCAUUAUUUUCACCACCUAAUUCAAGUACAACAUCGGCAACAAUAAGUGGCUUAAAACCUGAUGCUAUGUAUAAUGUUCGUGUUAGUGCAGAAUUUUCUUCUGCAAAUCUUUAUGAUCCAUCAUAUGCAUCGGGAACAACACGACGUGAAGGAGAUUUAUCUGAAAUUCAUGUUGCCGAUAUAUACCAUCGUACAAAAGAAAUCAUUCAAUAUGAUGAUCAAUUAAGUCGACCAUAUAAUCUGACUUAUGUUGAUCUGACAUCUAAUAGUGUUAAAUUAUUAUUUUUCUUUAAUGAAAGUAAUCUUAAUCCACGUCGACAAAUACAAAAACUUGAAGUACAUUACGAAGGCAUACAAAAUUAUGUCGAUGGUUUAGGUACACUACGUUCAACUUCACAUCAUAAUUUAGCUGGUCUUAUAUCAAUUCCACCAACACAAGGUGCACGUGAAUGGCUUGUUACUGGUUUAGUUCCAAAUACUCAAUAUACAUUUAAUUUAACUGGAACAAUAUCAUCAUCUGAACAAUCAUCAAUUAAAACUUAUAGUCGUCCAGCAACAAUACGUUUUUCAACUGAUUAUGAUGCACCACCAUAUGUUGAUCGACCAGAACAAGAUCGACGAAUUCUAACUAAAACAAAUACAUUAUCAUCAGUUCCACAACAAGUUCAUCUACGUCUUCAUCGUGCAUCAACAAAAAAUGGACCUAUUGAUCGAUAUUAUAUUGUUGUUCAUCUUAUUGAACAUAUUUCAUAUCGAGCAUAUGUACCACAAGAGGGUCGUCGUGAGUGUUGUUACACAGCAGCAGUGUUUAAUGAAUCUCAAUUACCGGAAAUAUUUAUAUUAGGUGAUGGUAAAGAAACACGUGAUUGGGAACCAUUUCAUGGUCGUGUUUAUAAUAAUUCUCCAUUAAUAAAUGUAUGUAAAGUUAAAUUAGUAUCAUGGGGUUUUAAUCGUAAAAAAGAAAAUUUAACAACAUCAAGUUCAACAAUACAAAUAAAUUUAUUACCAAAAUUAGUACAAACACAAAAUCAAGAUACAUUUUAUAAUUUAUUAUGGAUAUUUGGUAUAAUUGUAUUAAUAUUUUUAAUUGUUCUUAUUAUAAUUAUAUUUAUAUUAAAAUAUAAUCGAACAAAAAAAAAAUCUUUAACACCACCACCAGAAUGUGUACCAUUUGAUUUAACACCUAAAGUUUUAACAAUGGAAAUGCAAAUGCCAACAUUACCAUCAACAAUAUCACCAACAUCAUCAAAUGAACAUGUCGAAUUACGACGUAAUCAAAUAAUAAAUACAUAUAAUAAUACUAAUGCGAAUACAAAUACAAAUACUCAUACAAAUAAAGAAAUUAUUUUAACAAAUUAUCCUCCUAUACAUGUUGAUGAAUUUUCUGAACAUCUUGAACGUUUAAAAGCAGCUGAUAAUUAUAAAUUUUCACAAGAAUAUGAAUCUAUUGAUCCUGGUCAACAAUUUUCAUGGGAAAAUUCUAAAUUAGAAUAUAAUAAAGCAAAAAAUCGUUAUGCUAAUGUUAUUGCAUAUGAUCAUUCACGUGUUAUUUUACAUACGAUUGAUGGAGUACCAGGAAGUGAUUAUAUCAAUGCAAAUUAUUUAGAUGGAUAUAGAAAACAAAAUGCUUAUAUAGCAACACAAGGUCCAUUACCAAAUACAUUUGCUGAUUUUUGGAGAAUGAUAUGGGAAACAAAUUCAGCUUGUAUUGUUAUGAUGACAAAAUUAGAAGAAAGAAAUCGACUUAAAUGUGAUCAAUAUUGGCCAACAAGAGGAACUGAAAUUUAUGGUUCAAUACAUGUUACUUUAACAGAUUUUAUUGAACUUGCAUCUUAUAGUAUACGAACAUUUACUAUAGCAUGGACUGGUCAUCCAGAAAAACGAGAAGUUCGACAUUGUCAAUUUACAGCAUGGCCAGAUCAUGGAAUAUUAGAACAUGCAACAUCAUUUUUAAUGUUUGUUCGAAGAGUUAAAGUCCUUAAUCUACCUGAUGCUGGUCCCAUUGUUGUACAUUGUUCAGCUGGUGUUGGUCGUACGGGUUGUUUUAUUGUUAUUGAUGCUUUAUUAGAAAGAUUAAAACACGAAAAAACUGUUGAUAUUUAUGGACAUGUUACUCUACUAAGAGCACAACGAAAUUAUAUUGUUCAAACUGAAGAACAGUAUAUAUUUAUUUAUGAAGCAAUAAAUGAAGCUAUUCAAUCAGGUCAAACCGAAAUUAUAGCAAGAAAUUUAUUAACACAUUUACAACGAUUAUUACAACCAAUAAAUGAUAGUUCAUUAACAGAAAUGGAACUUGAGUUUAAACGUUUAGCAAAUGUCAAAGCACAACCAUCGAAAUUUUUAAGUGCAAAUAAUCCAGCUAAUAAAUUUAAAAAUCGUCUUGUAAAUAUUUUACCUUAUGAAAAUACUCGUGUAUGUUUAUCUCCUAUUCGUGGUGUUGAAGGAUCGGAUUAUAUCAAUGCAUCUUAUAUUGAUGGUUAUCGAUUUAAAAAUGGUUAUAUUGCAACUCAAGGACCAUUAACUGAAACAAUUGAUGAUUUUUGGCGAAUGGUAUGGGAACAUAAUGUAACAAUAAUUGUUAUGUUAACAAAAUUAAAAGAAAUGGGUAGAGAAAAAUGUGUACAAUAUUGGCCAUCAGAUCGAUCAACACGUUAUGGUUAUUUCAUUGUUGAUCCCGUUGGUGCUUAUAAUAUGCCACAAUAUUUAUUAAGUGAAUUUAAAGUGACUGAUUCAAGAGAUGGACAAUCUCGUACUGUUCGUCAUUUUCUAUAUACUGAAUGGCCAGAACAAGGUGUACCAAAAAUUGGUGAAGGUUUUAUUGAUUUUAUUGGACAAGUACAUAAAACUAAAGAAGGUUUUGGUCAAGAAGGACCUAUUGUUGUACAUUGUUCAGCUGGUGCUGGACGAACAGGUGUUUUUCUAACGUUGAGUAUUGUACUUGAAAGAAUACGAUAUGAAGGUGUUGUUGAUAUAUUUCAAACGGUGAAAUUAUUACGCACACAACGACCAGCACUUGUUCAAACAGAAGAUCAAUAUCAAUUUUGUUAUCGUUCUGCACUUGAAUACUUGGGUUCAUUUGAUAAUUUUGUUUCAUCUUGA